CGGCAGUCGCGCCUGCGCCCCGUGCAGCCGGUUACUCGCGUCCGGAGGCUGCAGUCCCUGGCGGAUCACGGAGACCACUGCAAAGGACGGACAGCCACCGCAGCAGGGGAGCAGGGAAGAGAUGUGGGUUUUUGGUUACGGGUCCCUGAUCUGGAAGGUGGACUUUCCCUAUCAGGACAAGCUGGUCGGAUACAUCACAGACUACAGCAGGCGCUUCUGGCAGGGCAGCACGGACCAUCGUGGGGUCCCCGGCAAGCCUGGAAGAGUUGUGACUCUUGUGGAAGAUCCUGGGGGUUGUGUAUGGGGUGUUGCUUACAAACUGCCAGUAGGAAAAGAAGAAGAAGUAAAAGCAUACCUCGACUUCAGAGAGAAAGGAGGCUACAGGACCACAACAGUUAAUUUUUAUCCAAAAGAUCCCACAACAAAACCAUUCAGUGUGUUGUUAUAUAUUGGAACAUGUGAUAAUCCUAAUUAUCUUGGUCCUGCACCACUGGAAGACAUUGCUGAACAAAUUUUUAAUGCAGCUGGUCCAAGUGGAAGAAAUACAGAAUAUCUUUUUGAACUUGCAAAUUCUAUGAGGAACCUUGUUCCGGAAGACGCAGAUGAGCAUCUUUUCUCUUUGGAAAAAUUAGUAAAGGAACGCUUGGAAGGACAACAGAAUGUCAACUGCAUAUAAAGACCUCAUCAUUGAUUUUUCCAAACUAUACAUUGUAGUCUUCAGAUAAUAAUUUCAGUGUAUAGUGGCAGUAUAAGUUAGAAAUAUGUUUAUUUUAAGAUCAUAUUACUUUUAAUGUUGUAGUUGGGAUAUCACCUGAAUUUGUAGUUUAACUGCAAGUGUUUGAAACACUCAGAAGGUUGCAAUACAGAGGAAAAAAUUCAUUUUUUAACGAUGGAAUUUCCUAACUAUAUGAUAUUGAACACUUGCUCAUUAGAAAUGAGUUCUUUAGAAAAAAUACAUUGAAGGAUUCAGAUUUAGUUCAGUUCUUGUUUUUAUCAGUAAAAAUAAUUCUAUUGUUUCAUGUCACAAUACUAUUUUAAAGUUAUAGAGCAUCAAAGUCCAAUAAAUAUAAUAAAAUUAUACCUGCAAAAUAUUCCUGUACAAUAAUCUUAUAACCAUGGUUUAAAAUAUACAAGCUAGAAAUAACAUGUAAUUAGACGUGUAUGAUAAUACAGACAAGAUCUCAGCCUUGAUUAUGAAUUUCCUUGUUAUUUGGGUAUUAAAUAAGACUCAAAUUUAAGCUAAAAGAAAGUGGUGUUUUUCUACAUAAAAAAUUUCCUUGGAAUAUAAUGUACUGUACCUUUCCUUUUAUGUAUAAAUAUAUGUUGUUAUGUGGGGAAAAAGUCAUUAAACUAAUGAGCACAAACUACAUCAUACAAAUCACUUGCAUUAAUGACUUGGUCUGACUUGGAUUUGUAUUAUUAUUACACUAAAACUGGGAAAAAAAAGAUGUGUUUUCUGAUAUUACAAAUUAAGGGAGGGGCCACCAUUGUGGCGUAGCAGUUAAAGCCAUUACCUGCAAUUCCAGCAACCCAUGUGGGUGCCAGUUCGAGACCAAGCAGCUUGACUUCUGAUCCAGCUCCUGCUAAUAUGCCUGGGAAACCAGUGGGAGAUGACCCAACGGCAUGUGCCUCUGCACCCACAUGGUCGACCGGAAGAAGAUCCUGGCUCCUGGCUUCAGCCUGGCCCAACCUGGGCCACUGCAGCCAUUUUGGGGAGUGAACCAACAAAUGGGAGAUUCUCUCUCUUUCUCUGUUUCAAAUGAAUAAAUAAAAUUUUUUAAAAUUUAUUUAAGGGGUCUUGGAAAAGUUUGUGGAAAAUGUGUAUUAUGAAGAAACUAUGUUUGGGAGCAAGCACUUUGAAGAAGCAGUAAGAUGCCACUUGGGAUACCUGCACCCUAUAUCAAGUGCCUGAGCUUGAGUCCCACAUCCACUUCUGAUCCAGCUUCCUGGUACUGUGUAAAGUACCCUGGGACGCAGGAGAUGAUGGUUCAAGUGCUUCAGUCCCAGCCAUCCACAUGGGAGUCCUGGAUGGAGUUCCUAGUCCUUGACUUUAGCCUGGUCCAGCCCCACUGUUGCAGGCAUUUGGGGAGUUGGUCAGCAGAUGGAAGAUAUCCUAAUAUCGCUCGCUCGCUCGCUCUCUCUUUCAAAUAAACAAAAAUUUAAACUAUGCAUGGUUUUCAAAAAUUUCUGCACCAAA